AUGGCUCUACCACGUAUGAAUUACUUGUUCGAGUUCGGUAAUGUUGAUGUUACUGAACUCGAACGGCUACGACGUGAGGCUGUUCCUUCAUCGGGUGAAAAUGCUGCGGCUGAGGAUGCGGCGCCACAACCUGCUGAGCAAACGGCAAAUGUGGAUGCUGCCGUGAACACGCCAGUUGUGGUUGAUUCAGACGAUGUCGCCCAGGAACUGGAACUAGAGCAAAUGAGGAGUACAUUGGAAGAGGCGAUUGUGGAAACGCGCAGUACGCCUCUCGAAAAUCGACCGCUACUUCCCCCGCUUAGCCCUAAGCAAGCGGAAUCGGGCUGUCGUGAGGGCUCUGAACCCAAUGCUGGUUACCUAUUUGGAAGCCAGUCGGGACCUUUGCGAGACGGACUCAAUUCUUUUUGGCGCCGCACUGGCAGUCUGCUGUAUUAUAGGCGCCAAACUUUGUGA